AUGGACUUCCAUGGUGCAGCAUCAGUUGGAUCGUCGCCUCCCUUUUACUCUCAUGCACAACUCAACAACAACAACAACUAUAAUGCCAACAUGUUCAGCAAUAGCAGUAUGGCAUCGUCCAACUCCAUCUCUCCACCUUUGAUAAGGAAUCAUUCCAAUGGUGUUGGAUCACCUUGUUCCAGCCAAAACACAUCGCCUUCGCCAUCACGACCCCUGUCGCCAAUGGCCAUGUCGCCACCUCGCAACAACAACAUUCAAAUGUCAUCCAGUCUACCAAUCAGUAUAGCCUUGGGCUCAAUGCUAAUGAGCACGCCAAUGACCACUCCCGUAUCCUUUGGCCAUCAACACACAGACAACCAACAUCAUCAUCAAUCAAUCUUUAUAAUGCCACAGCAGCAGCAACCACAACAACAGACUAGUCUUUUGAUGCCUCCACCUAUGAUGGGAGGCGGUGCAUUUAUGGGUCCACCAAUGUCUGGCUGCAAUGCAAAGGGCUCUCGUACAUCACAGAUGGCCCCACCAUCAAUAGCAUCAUCGCUAAGCUCAUCACAGCAACAACAACUACAAUAUCAACAACAACAAAGACAUAGUAGACAGGUCGUGCGUCGCUCGGUGCGCCUGGAAGAGUCGGAUGGACUGACCGUCAGCCAGAAGUGUCGCGACGAGCGCAAGUCCGCCACGCUGUCCAGACAGGCCAGCAAGCGUGACAUGGCCAUCUUUGAAGCCAGGCGAAAGUCGGACCGAGUAGAGUACAACACGAUCAAUGAGGGCGAUCUCAAGAAGAGUCUGGACGAGAACAACAAGAAGCGAUUGGAGGCCAUUAAGGAGGUGAUGACAUCAGAGACCACUUAUAACAAUUACUUGAACACGAUUGUCGAUGUGUACUUGGUGCCGCUGCGCAAGGACUAUACAUCGCCCGAGGAGGUCAAGUUCAUCGUGUCCAUCUUCUCCAACAUUGAGCAGAUCAGAGAGGUGAGCAAGAGUAUCCUCUGUCUCUUCCAAAGUCGACUCAACAACAACAUAACCAACGACACAAUCGUAUCCGACCUCUUCCUUCAGAUUCUGCCAUCACUAAACAUAUACAAGGAGUACUAUGUGAACUGGUACCGCUCGCUUCACAACCUGGAUCAGUGGUUGGGCAAGUGCAAGAAGCUCAAGAAGUUCAUCGACGACCGAUCCAUGACCACACUGGACCUCAAAUCCCUGAUGAUCAUGCCCUGCCAGCGCAUACCACGCUACACACUCCUCAUUGAUGCCGUGCUACGCUAUACCAAUCCCCUGCAUACCGACUUCCUCAAUCUCCAGAAUGCCCUUGCACAAAUGAAGAAGAUGACCGAAUCAAUCAACGAACGUGUUCGUGACUCUGAAAAGACUCAACUAGUCACCAACAUCCGCAUGCGAUUCGAUGAGUCCAUUGGCUUCUUGGAUGAAAUGCAUAGACGGUUGAUCAAAGAGUCGCCAGAGUUCCAACUCUUGCCAUGUAAGAAUAUAUCUCAGAUCAAUGAUCAUUAUGUUGGCGGCAGUGGCAAUGGUGAUGACGACGACACUGAUGAGGAGGACUAUUCGACGAGCGCCUCGACCACACCCAAGAAGAAGAGAGUAAAGCUCAUACCAACUGCCUGCCACCUCUAUCUAUUCAAUGACCUCUUUGUCAUUGGAGUUCGCAACGUCUCCAGCUCCAACAGCCUGGCCUCUGCCUCCAACAAGUACUCUGCCGUGCUCAAGUCUUCGCUGGCCACCACCGUGUUCCGAGAUUAUCCAACAUUGCCGCUCAAGUUCUCUGUCCAUCACUCAUCAGGGACAUACUUUUUCAACGCGCCUUCCAAGGAGGCAAAGGAGCAGUUUGUACGCGAGUGCCACACGGCGACUGACACACUGAUCAAGGAGGAUGCCGAGCAGCUGGAGAGAAGGAAGAGGAUUCGCUUCGAGGGCAACGACGAGGCGGGUUGGACCGUCUUCGAUCCGGACGAGUUACCAAACAAGUUCAACCUAGCCCAAAGAGCCACGGAGGAGCUCAAUCAGAUACAGACGCAGAUCUUCACGCCCAAGAAGAGAAAGAGUGUCUUGGGCAAGAUGAGGGAGAGGACAAGAUCACUGCUCACACCUAGCAAGUCCAGCAACAUCAAGAGGAGUUCAUCGUUUGUGCUCAACUCGCUCAUGGACGAUGCCGACACUGUUGGUACCAUCACAUCACAAUGA